GCCCGGGGGGAAGGAAGGCGGGCGAGGAGGAGGUAGCGCCGGGGCGCGGGAGGGAACAGCCGUGUUGUGGAAGCGCGAGCGGGAGGCCGGUCGCGGUUGUGAUUUUGCCGCCGCCGCGGCUCGCCCGGGGAUGUCUGAGUCCGCGCCUCGCGACGCUCGAGCUCCGCGCGACGGCCGCCGUCCCGGCCUCUAAGGGCCGCCACGUCCCGGCGGCGCGCGCGCGCGCGGGCUGAGGGCGGCUCGGUGCCCGCGGGGUUGCCCCGGGAGGGCCCGGGCGGGCCGGGAGGGGCUGCCCAAGCUCCGCGCCUACCCCAGCACCGCGGCCGGCGCCGGGCCAGGAGGAUGCGCGGCGCCGGGCCCUGAAGCAUGGAGGGGGUUCUGUACAAGUGGACCAACUAUCUCACAGGUUGGCAGCCUCGUUGGUUUGUUUUAGAUAAUGGAAUCCUGUCCUACUAUGAUUCACAAGAUGAUGUUUGCAAAGGGAGUAAAGGAAGUAUAAAGAUGGCAGUUUGUGAAAUUAAAGUCCAUUCAGCAGACAAUACAAGAAUGGAAUUAAUCAUUCCAGGAGAGCAGCAUUUCUACAUGAAGGCGGUGAAUGCAGCUGAAAGACAGAGGUGGCUGGUUGCUCUGGGGAGCUCCAAAGCUUGUUUGACUGAUACUAGGACUAAAAAAGAAAAAGAGAUAAGUGAGACCAGUGAAUCUCUGAAAACCAAAAUGUCUGAACUUCGCCUCUACUGUGACCUCCUAAUGCAGCAAGUUCAUACUAUCCAAGAAUUUGUUCACCAUGAUGAGAAUCAUUCAUCUCCCAGCGUAGAGAACAUGAAUGAAGCCUCUUCUCUGCUUAGUGCCACAUGCAAUACAUUCAUCACAACGCUUGAGGAAUGUGUGAAGAUAGCGAAUGCCAAGUUUAAACCUGAGAUGUUUCAGCUGUCCCAUCCAGAUCCCUUGGUUUCCCCUGUGUCACCUUCUCCUGUUCAAAUGAUGAAGCGUUCUGUCAGCCAUCCUGGUUCUUGCAGUUCAGAGAGGAAUAGCCACUCUCUAAAAGAACCAGUAUCUUCACUUCACCGACUCUCCCAACGACGUCGAAGAACCUACUCUGAUACAGACUCUUGUAAUGAUACUCCUCUUGAAGACCUAGAUAGACCUGUUCACUGUUCAAGAAAUACACUUAAUGGAGAUUUGGCAUCAGCAACCAUUCCUGAGGAAAGCAGACUUAUGGCCAAAAAAAAAUCUGAAUCGGAAGAUCCUCUUCUACCCUUCUCUUCCUGAGGAAAUGGAAGUGUCCAACUUCCUCUAAGUAUUGCUAUGCAAAAGCUGCUGUAAUUAAACUAUGUUCUAGGGAGUAGUUUUUCCCUUAGGAUUUCUCUGCACUUUAUAGAAUACUGUAAAACAAACAAAAAAACAACCCACA